AUGGCCUCAUCCACGUUGGUGGCCGCCUUACCAACUCCGCUCCGCAAUUUUCGUUCAGAAUACAAAUUUCCGAUUAUUUUACCGCGUCAUGACGCUCUUGUAGAGUCUUUGAUCGGCUACUAUCACAAGAAAUAUUUACAUGCCGGCCCAGAGCUGCUCAUGUCUUUGUUAAGACAACGAUUUUGGAUCUUGUCCGCUAGACGAAUUAUUCGGUCUAAAAUUAAUAAGUGUAACACUUGCUUUAAAUUAAAACCGCGCCCGCGAUUUCCUUUAAUGUCUGCUCUGCCAGGACAUAGAGUCACGCAAGCGGAGAAAGCGUUCGCUCAUACUGGCUGUGAUUAUUGCGGCCCUAUAUUGUAUACGCCUAUACGAGCUCGAGGUGUUAAAACUCGCAAAGCUUACCUAUGCAUAUUUACUUGUCUUACUACGCGCGCACUCCAUAUAGAAGUAGCCACGGAUCUUUUCACUGUGAGUUUAAUCGCAGCUUUAAAGCGCUUCCUAUCGCGACGGGGUCCCGUGAAAUAUCUUUACUAUGAUCGUGGAACAAAUUUUAUAGGCACUCGAUCUUUUCUACGAGAUUUAUAUAAUUUUGUCACAAAGGAAUACCGCCCGCGUUUAGAAGAAGAAUUGGCCGAAAGUCGCAUUGAAUUCAAGUUCACAGCGCCUGCCGCCCCACAUUUCGGUGGUUGUUGGGAGAGUAUGGUAAAAUGUGUAAAGAACCAUCUUUUUAAGGUUAUUGGACAGCAGAUCCUUGCGUAUGAGGAGUUAAUCACAAUCCUCGCUCAAAUAGAAUGUUUACUAAACUCUCGUCCUCUCACUGUGCUUAGCUCCGAUCCAGCUGAACCGACGGCUUUAACACCCGCACACUUUUUGAAUACGUUACCAUUACGCUCUCUACCUGCACCUGAUGUGAAAUCUUCGCCAAUUAAUUUACUUCAACGACAUACACUCUUAGAUAAAUUAGUCCAAUCCUUUUGGCGUCGUUGGAGAACUGAAUAUCUGCAUCAACUGCAGGCGCGGCGUAAAUGGACUCAAUGCUCGGUCCCCGUAAAGGUGGGCACAGUUGUCAUAAUUAUAAAUGAAAACUCACCGACCCUCUCCUGGCCUUUGGGAGUGAUCGUAAAGGUUCACCCGUCUAAGGACGGUAUAGUUCGUGUCGCUACAGUAAAAACGGCAAGGGGUAUACUCGUGCGACCAGUGGUGCGCUUGUGUCCGUUACCAACACAAUAA